AUGAGCUUGGCAAAUGGAACGGAUCAACUAGCAUUUCUGGCUUUCAAGGCUCGCAUAACCAAUGAUCCCUUCCAUGUUGUGAGCUCCUGGAAUGACUCUGUCCCCUAUUGCAAGUGGCCAAACAUUUUAUGUGGCGGUCACCAGCAUCCAAACAGGGUCAGAGCCUUGCAUUUACAGUCUAGUGGAUUGGUGGGAUCCAUGACUCCAGAAAUAGGAAAGCUCACUUUCCUCUGCGAGAUUUUGCUCCACAACAACAGCUUCCAUGGUGAAAUCCGUCAUGAAGUAAGCUUUCGGUCCAGACUUCGUUAUUUAUACCUACACAACAAUACAUUUCAAGGGGAAAUCCCACCCAACAUAACACGAUGUUCCAACCUUAGACAAAUCAGUUUAGGUUUCAACAAUCUUGUGGGAAAAUUUUCAGUAGAACUUGGUACCUUGUCGAAGCUUCAAUUCCUUGCAUUCCAUUUCAAUAGAUUGACGGGACAGAUCCCACCUUCCGUUGGAAAUCUUUCAUCCCUUGACACCGUUUCCACAGCAGCCAAUCACUUAAGUGGAAGUAUUCCAAAUGCCCUUGCCCAAUUGAAAAGAUUAGAGUAUCUCACGCUUGCUGAAAAUAAGUUGUCUGUAACUAUCCCUCUAGGUAUAUAUAAUCUUUCCUCACUCAUUGGUUUUGAUGUUGGAGUUGAACAACUUGAACUUGGUGGAAACAGUCUUAGUGGGAAAGUGGAUAUCCAUUUUGAAGGCCUAUCAAAUCUCAAUUGGCUUUCAAAGUAUUCGAAUCACUUGGGAAGUGGAGGGGUUGAUGACCUGAAUUUUGUCGACACAUUGACCAACUGUAGUAGUUUAACAUUUUUGGACCUUUCUGGAAAUCGGUUUGGUGGUGUGUUCCCCAACUACAUAGUAAACUUAUCAAUCCAACUGACAAUGCUCUUUCUGUCAAAUAAUCAAAUAUCUGGAGAAAUCCCAGUGGGGAUAGGGAAAUUUGAAAGCUUACAAAGCUUGGGCCUAUAUGGUAACUUAUUGGAAGGAAGUAUUCCGACUUCAAUUGGGAGACUUCAAAUGCUAAAUCAACUCAAAUUAUACAGGAAUAGAUUCACAGGGCCAAUCCCUUCUUCUUUUGAAAACUUGACACUCUUGAUUGAACUCUCCUUAAGUGAAAAUCUCUUGCAAGGAAAAAUACCUUCAAGUCUUGCAAAAUGCAAAUAUUUGUUACGCUUGGACCUUUCCAGUAAUAGUUUCAGUGAUAUCAUCCCUAGAGAGAUAUUUGAUUUUUCCACGUUGAUAGAGCUAAACUUGAGUAGAAACUCAUUCUUUGGUUUUUUACCUUUGCAAGUAGGUCGACUAACCAAUCUUGGAAUCCUAGAUGUUUUUGAGAACAUAUUGUGUGGGGAAAUCCCUAGCACCCUUGGCAUUUGUACAAGCCUAGAGCACCUUUUUAUGGAGGUGUCUCUGGUCUUGCAGCAUAUACUUGGGGAUUAA